GGGCUUUACAUGGAGCUCCCUCAUCCUGCACCCUGCUGCUUUGUGCCAACUUCACUGCUGCAGACUUCUUGGGUUAUUAUAGCUCCUUGUUCUUGCUCCUAGCUCCUCCUACCUCCACACCGUGUUGUGUGUGCCAAAUCCCUCCAUAGUGUUGCUUAUUUCCCUCUUGUCCAAGGAUACAGUGAGUGUGCAUGGGUUCCUUGAAACGCCUUUAAAGGUAUGAUUAGGUGAGUUGAUGGACCCUCCCUCAGUGUCAGCCUUGCAAUCUAAAGAGACCCAGCCCAGACACAAGUCACAGGCUGAUACGACAGGGGUGAGCCCCUCACCUGUGUAGGAGCCAGAUGACCUCCAUGCCUGUGGUCUAAGGACUGGUGCUGAUGCCCUGAUCCUGGGCCAUUUUUGGAAUGGAUGGAAGCUGAACACAGUGGUGUUUGACUGUCCCCAGUGUGGCACACGCUGUACUAUGCAGUUUGGCUUAGCCCUUUAAUACCUUGACACUGAUGCCUCCUCACUGCACAAAUCUAAGCCCCACUAUGACCUUUUAGAUAUGAGGCUUGUGAGUUUUUAUCUUUUCUCCCACCCUUUUCUCAUGUAAGAAAGCAGAGCAGUACAGUAAUAAAUGUUGUGUGGGUGUUUGGACCAGAAUUCAUCACCUCCUCUCACCACAUCCUUCUGCUGGCACAGUAAUACUGAUAGAGUGGUGACGUCAAUCUCCACUUAUCGCUGUGUAUUCCAAUACAGCACGGCCCUUGGUUGUGCACAAGUAGGCUUUGCUCUUACUCAGUGCUGAGGAGACCCACCUGCUCCUCAGCUCCCCAGGUGGGGUCUGCAAUUGCAGUAAUGAUUUAGCCAGACUGGUCAUGGAAGUGUUGGAGGGCUGAAAUGCACAGAACAGGGCAGGACAUCCAGUGAGAACCACCAUGAAGAACAAACCUUGGCUCCAGAAUAUAUUCAUCUGCCUUUUAUUCCAGUACACUCUGUGUUGUGAAAGCCUCACUUGUUUUGUGGAUUAUGUACAGACCCUGUCCUGUGUCCUGCGAGAUGAGUUGGGUGCUGGUUCAUACAACCUCACUGCUACCUGGAUUCCUGAAGAAGAUCCAGAAAAUACUGUGGCUGCCUGCAGUCUCGUGCAAUUGUCAAGGAACACCAGUCACACACAGUACAUGUGCACUGUGGACAUGACUGAAUUUCUAGCAGAUACCAAAGUCCAAGUGGAUGUUACAGAGAUAGCUGAUAGGCAGCACGUGCUUUCCAAAGACUUUUAUUUGUCAGACAACAUAAAACCACAGCCUCCGUUCAACCUGACUGCUUUGUUCUCAGAGGGUUACAAUAUUUCUUGGGAAACCAUCUACCAGAACUCUUCCUUCUACUUUUUGAAUGAGGAGCUGGAAUAUCAGCUGCGUUACAAAAGAAGAACUGACACCUGGGAGACCCAGAAGACUAAAGCUGUUCAUGAAGAUAAACGGACACUGGUGAUCCUGCCAUGGGAACUACAGGCCAACACUGAGUAUGAGUUCCAAGUGAGAGCAAGGCCCCGGGAAGACAGUGGCUAUGGUGGCUUUUGGAGUGAAUGGAGUUCUCCGCUGUCGUUGAAAACCAGCCCUGCCGCAGUGAUACAGACAGGAGGCAUGGAAUGGCUGUUGCUGUUUGGCAUUGUUGUGGCAAUCAUGGCCUCAAUCACAACAUUUCUGGCCAAACAGCAGAGCUUGUGGAAGAAGAUGGCUUGCAUCCCAGACCCUGCUCCCUUUUUCAAACCUCUUUACAUGGCUCAUAAUGGAGAUUUUAAGAAGUGGGUUGGUGCAUCCCAUAUGAAAAUGACCUUUGAUUUCUUUGAAUGGGGAAUUGUCCUUCCAGAAGUCCUAGAAGUUUACACCAUGCAUCCUUCCAACAGCACCCCACAGGAAGAGCUGCAUGAGCUAAGAAAGAAUCUGCCUUGCAAGCCCUGUGUGUCUUGCCUGACUACCCCAGGUCAUGGUAGCCAGUCGCUGUGGUGGAGUGUAAACAGUAGUGGUGGGACUGAGGACCAGUCAUAUGGGCACUUGUCAAUUGAUACAGUGACUGUGGCUGAUGAAUUUACAUCUUGUAACUGCCAGUGCAGCUGUAACCAUGUGUACAGGGAACAUGACCAUACCAACAAGGAAGAUGAUAGUGCUGGAGAACCCAGUUAUCCCAAGGUUAACCUUGAUGAGGAAGACAGAAAGAUAUCCAGUGACUUGCAUUUGGCUGAUCUGAGUACACAGGACAAAAUUCUUGCUUCAGGCUCUGUGUCCACAGACCACCUGAGGAGCACAAGUGUCCCAGUCGACCAGCAAGGAGAAAGGGGAGUGGAAGGAGGGGUGGGGAGCAUCCUAGAAGCCCUUUGCUUGCAGCCUUAUCAGUGGGAUUUGGAAAAUCCAGGUUCUCUACCUUCUCCUGAUGGUGAAAGUGUUUCCUACAGUGAAGGCUCCUAUGACUUCUUCCCUCACAAUACAAAGCCUGGUGACAGCUAUCCUUUGAUCUGUGUAGAUUUGGACACUAUUGACAGUGGCUUUGUGGACUCAGACUGUGGAAGUCCAGUUGACUCUGAAUUUGGGCAAAACAGUCAGACCAUUUGUGGGCCCAUCCCUUUUGAGCAAGAGGGGCAAGACUUUACACGGAGCUACGUCAAGCAGUGGGUCUCCUGCCGCUCUGAGAGCCCUAUCAGCGGGACACAGACAAACUAAGGACUGGAUGGGUGUGCGGCCUUUUUCAUAGUGUACCAGGAGCAAACUGCUAGCAAAAUUCAGAAGAGAAACAAAGUUUACUUUGUAAGCUCUAUUGCAUAAACUGACCCCUGUUAGGUCCACAGAAAUAUGCCUGUUUCUAUUCCCACUUAUCCUAUUAAUGUCUCAAAUUUGUUGUGAUUGAUUGUUCCUGAGUUUUGCUGGGUUUUGUUUUUUUUAGAAUCACAGAUCAACCCUACCUUGAUGUCAAAAAAAAGGUAGAAAAAAGCAACUGUACCUUGAAAAUUAUCCUUUGGCUUAUAUAGAUAUGAAAAAUUUUUUGCAGUAAUCUUAUAAAGAGUACAGAACUUUAAAUUAUUUUCCCUGGUAUUCUCACAUGACUUAAGAGUUUGGCUGCACAUGGAACCUUAGAAUCAUAACCCAUGGCAAGCACGUUUGCUAUGUUAAAGUUCCCCUACCUUUCCAAACAACAUGUGAUGUUACUUUUCCUUCUACUGUCUUUGGCUCUUUAAACUCAGCUGUAGUAGUUUGUAAAUUACAGACCAGUUCCAGAGCGGUCCAUGGGGAUGAAAACUAAUUCUUAUUAAAUCAUUGCAGAAAUGCAUGUACUAGAGACUAAGCACAACUCAGGUUUCAGAAAGAUUUUCCAGAUGGAGUCUGCAAAUGAAAAGACUUCAAAAUAUAUUUAAUUCUAAACAAACUCUCGCUACUAGGCUUUUCUAUUGAGUCAGACUCUUUCUCUGCCCUCUUCAAGCAUUUUAAUUGAGCAGCUUUUAGAAUUUUGCCAAAAUUAUCGAAACAUUGUCUUAACUGGAUAUGCCUGCCACUUCUUCCUUGGACUUGCUCUGCUGCAGUUAACAGGUCAGUAGCACAAAUUUUGAGCAAUUUCUGCUAGCUAAUAAAGCCAAAUAUGAAAGUGCA